GCAGCCCUCUGGAGUAGGUGGCCUCAGUGGUACCUGCAGCUCAGCCAGAGAGAAUAUGCUGCUACUCUGCCUCCCUAUACUGCUGCUGUGUGUGACAGGUUCUGCUAAGGGGGCCACUGUCGCUGAUGGAUCCUGCACUUUUGAAAAUAGCACAUGUGCCUACAAAUCUGCAUAUGCAUAUCUUCCAUGGAUUGUAAAUACAGAAGGUCAUUAUGUUUCAGUGGAUACAACUCGUGGCAUUCAUGGACAGAAAGCUGUUCUCCUCAGUCCUGAUCUCCAGCCUGAUGAAUGGAGCUGUCUCCGGCUGGUUUAUCAAAUUUCUGGACUGGAGUUCUCCCCCAAUCCUAGUAUGUUAAAUGUUUUUGUCAUGUCUGAAGGAGAGAGCUUUGAUCACCUUCUGUGGUCAAGCCAGGAACUGUCAGAUGGCUGGUUAAUAGCAAGUGUGGACUUAAGAAAUUCAACAAAAAAGUAUAAGAUCAUACUAGAAGGAAUACUUGAUGCUGAUGAAAAAAGCAGUAUAGCAAUUUAUGAGUUAAAAAUGACCACUGGGUAUUGCAUUGAGUGUAAUUUUGAGGAAAACCAUCUCUGUGGUUACAUGAACAGCUGGAACCCAAAUGUAAACUGGUUUGUUGGAGGAGGCAACAUCAGAAAUUCACAGGCUAUCAUGCCUAUAGACCACACACUUGGCAGUGAAUUUGGACACUACAUGUAUGUUGAUUCUGUUUAUGCCAAGCAAUUCCAAGAAGUAGCACAGUUGGUGUCUCCUUUAAUUGUUACUCCCAUAUCUGGUUGCCUUUCCUUCUAUUAUCGUAUUCACCGUGAAAGUAGCAAUAUUUUUAUGGUCUAUACUAGAGACUUACAUGGGUCCUAUGAGGAAAUCUGGAAAAUGAAUGAUGUUAGACAAGGAGAAUGGAACUUGGCUGAGGUUGAUUUAAAUGCUUUAUUCCCAGUUGAGAUUGUGUUUGAAGUUGCUUUCAAUGGCAUCCAAGCAGGAUAUGUUGCUGUUGAUGAUAUUUCAUUUUCUGCUGAGUACUGCAGUGAAGAAAGAGGUGCGGUAUUCAAUGCACAAGAAGCUGGUUGUGAUUUCGAGAAUGAUCUCUGCAAGUUUCAUCAAGAUGAUAAAGAUGGUUUUGGGUGGAGCCGGGUGAAAGUGAAGCCCAAUGUCUAUAGAAUGGGAGACCAUACCACCGGACUGGGUUAUUUCAUGAUGGCCAAUACAAGGUUUUCCUCUCAGUCUGGAUACGUUGGACGCCUGUAUGGCCCAUCCCUGCCAGGAAAUAUGCAGUACUGCCUACGAUUCUUUUAUGCGCUUUACGGAUUUUCAAAAAUGAGCGACUCUUUGGCUGUUUACAUCUUUGAAGAGAACCAAGUUGUUCAAGAAAAAAUCUGGUCAGUGCAAGAGUCACCCAAAGGUGUUUGGCUUCAAGCUGAAAUCAACAUAAAUAAGCCAAUGACUUGCAAGGUGGCAUUUGUCAGUUGGUGUAAAAGCUUUUGGGACUGUGGUCUUGCAGCACUUGAUGACGUUUCAGUAAACAUUGGAAACUGCCAUAUAGCUGAUAGGUUGCCUGCAAUACCUGGAAAAUGUACUUUUGAUAAAAAUGAUUGUGGAUUUCAACAAGAAUGGCAAAGAAGAGGAAUCUGGCACAGGAUAAGAGGGGCAACACCUACAUCUUACACAGGUCCAAGGGGAGAUCACACUUCUGGGGUAGGAUAUUACAUGUACAUUGAAGCUACCAACAUGGUCUAUGGGCAAAAAUCGCACCUUAUCUCAAGACCACUUCGAGCUAUCUAUGGGAAACAGUGCCUGACUUUCUAUUAUCACAUGUAUGGAGCUGGUACUGGACUGCUUAAUGUUUAUUUGAGAGAGGAAGGUCGCAGACACAAGGAGAAUCUUCUAUGGACUAGAAGAGGGGAACAAAGCAUUACUUGGUUAAGAGCACAGAUAGAAUAUCCGAGUGAAAGGCAACAUCAGAUUGUGUUUGAAGCUAUUCGUGGGAUUUCAAUAAGAAGUGAUAUUGCACUUGAUGAUAUUACAUUUCAAAAUAAACCAUGUGGAGACUUUGAAGACACCGGGGCAAUACAGUCAUCUGGAUAUUUAGAAGAUUUGAAUGAAAUUGAUUUCUAAUUCAGGAUACUGUUGACUUAAGAACUAGUGAAACAGACAUUUGUCACUUCAGAAACUGCACAGUAAAUAGUCUUUGACAGCAAACUGAAGAAUGUUUAAAUGCAUAUUUACAGAAACCAAACACAAACUCAGAGCACUAGUGUUCUCCGACAACAAAUCUACUCAGGGCUAGAUAUAUUACAAAUGCAAUUACACAUUUAUUGUCAGUAGUAAUAAUAAUUAUAAUGCGGUACAGCUUUUUUGCCACCAUUCUCACUGUAAUAUAAUUGUGUGUAUGCGAGUGUGUCUGUGUGUAAUUAAUGUGUGAUAAUUGUUAACACAGGAAUUGAAAAAAUAAAAUUUUC